GGGAAGCAGGAAAACAGGCUUAUGGUUAGGGUGAUGGGAGGAGUGUAGAGAAAGACUUUGUUUGUUCCUUGUCUCCUACUGACAUACACAGUGCCUCCCUCAAAGAAGACAUCAGCAUGUCUGAUGGAAACAUGUCUGCUCUUGUCAUAGACUUCGAGUCAAUAUAUGAAGCGCUCAACUUCUCCUACAAUGACUCAGAGUUCAUCAUCAACCCUGAAACGCAACCCUGCAACUUCUCCAUCCCGGACGCAGUGAUGAUUGUUGCCAGUAUGUUUUACGUCCUCAUCUUUCUGUUGGCGAUUCCUGGAAAUCUGAUAGUGGGGCUGGUGAUUUGCCUUAGCAAGCAGUCACUUCCCCCCUCUGACCUCUACCUCCUCCACCUGGCAAUUGCAGAUCUCAUGCUGGCCAUUACACUCCCUUUCUGGGCCACAUCUGUUACAAAGGGCUGGGUGUUUGGAGAUGCCAUGUGCAAAAUUGUCACCAUCCUCCAAGAGCUAAGCUUCUACUCCAGCAUUCUCUUUCUGACUUGCAUCAGUGUGGACCGUUACAUGGUGAUUGUGCGAGCCAUGGAGGCACGCAAGGCUAACCGACAGGUGGCCAGUUGGGUGGUUUGUGCUGCUGUCUGGGCUGUUGGAGCUCUUCUGUCUCUGCCAGGGCUGUUCAAUUCAUCCUUCCCUUCUCAAAACCAAAGUCAGAUGGUGUGUGCUGAACUAUAUGAUCCCGGCAGUGCUGACGUAUGGCGGCUGGCCACCAGAAUCCUUCGGCAUACUCUGGGUUUUAUUAUCCCGUUGGCCAUCAUGCUUCCCUGUUAUGGAGUGACCAUCAGGCGCCUGCUUCACAUCCGUGGAGGGUUUCAGCGGCAACGAGCCAUGAGAGUGAUUGUGUUCGUGGUCUUUGCCUUCCUGCUUUGCUGGACACCGUACCACAUUGCAGUGAUGGUAGAUACAUUUUUCAGGACAAAGAUUGUGCCGUACCAGUGCCCUGCAAGGAUGGCGGUGGACCAGGCCAUGUUUGCUACCCAGAGUCUGGGCCUGCUUCACAGUUGUGUCAACCCGGUGCUGUAUGCUUUUGUGGGAGAGAAGUUCAGAAGAAGGCUGUUUCAGAUAAUGAGGAAGGUGGGCGUCAUGGAGAGAGCGACAGUGUCACGGACCAGCAGGUCUUCACUGUCAUCAGAAAUUACAUCCACAUUAAUGUGAGAGAUACUUGAACUAUUGUUGAUCACAUCAUUGUUUUUCCUUCAUGAUCUCAUGUGCCAGAUGACAAAUAGUCAUCAAAUAGUUUUGAUACGUUUUAUUUUUGUAUUUGGUAGAAUUUUUUUUUUUUUUUUUACAAAAUUUGCUUUGUAUUUUUACUAAGUUUGUACAUCUGCUCUUGCUUUCUUUUUUUCAUCUUAUAUUUAACUUGGCUUUGGUUUCAAUACAGUGAGCGUGUUGCUUAAAAGUAAGCUGUAAAAAAAUUUCGUGGUUUACCAUAUAAAUCCCCUUUCUUUCCUCAGACAUGUCUAGGUCUGAGGAAAUUGUUAAAAUUGUCAAGUUUCAAUCUCAAGUGUGACUGUAUUUCAACACGGUAAUAUUACAUCACAGCAUCAGUAGAAAACACCUUGAGAUGAAGCUGAAUGCUCUGGAAAGAACUGGGCCUUGAGUGUGUUAGUGUUAUAUUGUGAAAGAUCUGGCUGAUAUGAUAAAGUAUUGCAUACCAAUGUGAAUUAUCAAAAUUAUUUAACUGAGAUUUCCAAAUUAAAAUCACCAUCCUUCCAAGUGUCAACUGCAACAUGAAACUAUCCUGUACAUUAACUCUUUUAGGAGUUUUUAUAGUAACAUAUUCAGAUAUUUGUAAGACUGUUUGAGAUUUGUGUAUAUUUAGCUAAAGGCAACAGGAUUUUAUUCACAUGGCAAACAUUUUGAAAGGUCUGUAUAGUUGCAAUCAUCAUUAAAGUUUUAUAUAGACUUGUC